UGGCAUAAAUCCAAUUUUCUCUACAGGAAACACGGCAUCCUCGCUGACGCCGGAGAAGCCGAAGCUACAAGUUCGCCCGUCGGAGCCGCAGCACAGGCGCUUGCAAACGCGAUGGGGAGCGCGGACCUGGUGCUCAAGAUGGCUUGCGAGGGCUGCGGCAACACGUCGGAUCUCUACGGCACGGGGUGCAAGCACACCACUCUCUGCAGUGACUGCGGGAAGUCCAUGGCACGCUCCCGUGCCCGCUGCCUCGUCUGCUCCGCGCCCAUCACCAGGCUCAUCCGGGUGAGGCAAGUGUUGGGUCUGCCUGGAUGCCUAGGCCGUAGGCGUUGCCUAGGCGAUAAUGUGCCACUGUUUCCCAAGGAAUAUAAUGUACGAGCUAAUUCUGUUAUGGAUAAGACAUACUCUAUUGGACGAUUUGUCACUGGUUUACCUCCUUUCUCGAAAAAGAAGAAUGCCGAGAACAAGUGGUCUCUCCAUAAGGAGGGUCUGCAAGGCCGUCAGAUAGCCGAGAAUAUGCGGGAAAAAUACAACAAGAAACCAUGGAUUUUGGAAGACGAAACAGGCCAAUAUCAGUAUCAAGGUCAAAUGGAAGGAUCACAGUCAGCUACAGCUACAUAUUAUUUGUUAAUGAGGCACGGCAAGGAAUUUAAUGCAUAUCCUGCUGGCUCUUGGUUUAAUUUCAGUAAAAUUGCACAGUACAAACAAUUGACACUGGAGGAGGCUGAAGAAAAGAUGAAUAAGAGGAAGACCAGUGCAACUGGUUAUGAACGCUGGAUGAUGAAAGCAGCGGCAAAUGGACCAGCUGCCUUUGGUUCAGACAUGAAGAAGCUUGAGGCCACAAAUGGUGGGGAAAAAGAAAGUGCUCGUCCUAAGAAAGGAAAAAAUAAUGAAGAGGGUAAUAAUUCUGAUAAGGGUGAGGAGGAUGAAGAAGAGGAAGCAACACGCAAGAAUAGACUUGGACUAACUAAAAAGGGCAUGGAUGAUGAUGAGGAAGGUGGAAAAGAUCUAGAUUUCGAUUUGGAUGAUGAAAUUGAGAAAGGUGAUGACUGGGAGCAUGAAGAAACAUUCACUGACGAUGAUGAGGCUGUAGACAUUGAUCCAGAGGAACGGGCAGAUUUAGCUCCUGAAAUUCCUGCUCCACCUGAAAUCAAGCAGGAUGAUGAAGAGAACGAAGAAGAAGGGGGCCUGAGCAAGUCUGGCAAGGAACUAAAAAAGUUGCUUGGGCGCGCUGCUGGACUAAAUGAGUCAGAUGCGGAUGAGGAUGAAGAAGACGAAGAUCAAGAAGAUGAUUCAUCGCCAGUGCUUGCUCCAAAACAGAAGGAUCAAGUUAAAGAUGAACCUGUGGAUAGCAGCCCAUCUAAACCAGCACCAUCAGGACAUGCUCGAGGCACACCUCCGGCAUCCAAAUCCAAGCAAAAGAGAAAAUCAGGUGUUGAUGAUGCAAAAACUUCUAGUGGUGCAGCUUCAAAGAAAGCAAAGGUGGAAUUGGAUGCGAAAGCAUCAGGCCUCAAAGAGGAGGCAUCAUCUUUGGCAAAACCUGCAUCAAAGACCUCUGCUGCAUCAAAAAGUGGGACAAGCGUAUCACCUGUCACAGAGGAUGAAAUCAGGAGUGUUCUUCUUGCAGUGGCUCCAGUCACCACACAAGAUCUGGUAUCCAGAUUCAAGUCUAGGCUUCGAGGUGCAGAGGACAAGAAUGCAUUUGCUGAAAUUCUGAAGAAAAUUUCGAAGAUACAGAAGACGAACGGCCACAACUACGUUGUCCUCAGAGAUGACAAGAAGUAAAUAACCGAACAAAGGCGCUGACAUCGCAACCGUUGGCUGUACUGAGAUAAUAUGUUUAUGUAACAUGCUGCCUUGAAGAUAAACAAGUCUGUAACACUAGAAUUGUCUUCUAACCCUUGUGUACUUGAAUUUUAUUUUACUAUUCCAGAUUUUAUUUAUGCGGCUUUGCACUACACACCUGUUAUAAAUGGAAAUCCAUUGGGAGUUCAUCUCGUGAA